AUGGAGACCCAGACUGUGCAGCAGGAGCUGGAAGCCCUUCCAACCACCAAGAUGGCUCAAACAAACCCCAUGCCGGGGUCCGUGGGGCCAUGGAAGAUAACCAUCUAUGACCAGGAGAAUUUCCAGGGCAAGAGGAUGGAGUUCACCAGCUCCUGCCCAAAUGUCUCUGAGCGCAGUUUUGAUAAUGUCCGGUCUCUCAAGGUGGAAUGUGGCGCCUGGGUUGGUUAUGAGCACACCAGCUUCUGUGGGCAACAGUUUAUCCUGGAGAGAGGAGAAUACCCUCGCUGGGAUGCCUGGAGCGGGAGUAAUGCCUACCACAUUGAGCGACUCAUGUCCUUCCGCCCCAUCUGUUCAGCUAAUCAUAAGGAGUCGAAGAUUACCAUCUUUGAGAAGGAAAACUUCAUUGGACGCCAAUGGGAGAUCUGUGAUGACUACCCCUCCUUGCAAGCCAUGGGUUGGCUCAACAACGAAGUUGGUUCCAUGAAGAUACAAUGUGGGGCCUGGGUCUGCUACCAGUACCCUGGAUACCGUGGGUAUCAAUAUAUCUUGGAAUGUGACCACCACGGAGGAGACUAUAAACACUGGAGAGAGUGGGGUUCUCACGCCCAGACUUCCCAGAUUCAAUCGAUUCGCCGUAUCCAACAGUAG